UGCAACCUUUGCAGCCGUUGCAACCUUUGCAACCCUUGCAACCUUGCAACCCCGGGCGGGAUGUUCUCCCGGAGGAGCCACGGCGACGCGAGGAAGUCCACCCAGAAGGUGCUAGACCCUAGGAAGGACGUGCUGACCCGCCUCAAGCACCUCCGGGCGCUGCUCGAUAUUGUGGAUGCAAGUGAACUUAAACAAUUUUUUGAAACCAACUAUUCUCAGAUAUAUUUUAUCUUCUAUGAAAAUUUCAUAACACUGGAAAACAGCCUAAAAUUGAAAGGAAAUAAGUCACAAAGGGAGGAGCUGGACUCCAUUCUCUUUCUUUUUGAAAAAAUCUUACAACUACUACCAGAAAGGAUAUUCUUCCGAUGGCAGUACCACAGUAUAGGAUCAACUUUAAAGAAGCUUUUGCACACUGGAAACUCUAUUAAGAUAAGAUGUGAAGGAAUCCGGUUAUAUCUUCUUUGGCUUCAAGCACUUCAAACAAACUGUGCGGAAGAGCAGGUGCUAAUUUUUGCCUGCCUUGUGCCGGGCUUUCCAGCAAUCAUGUCCUCAAAAGGUCCCUGUACACUAGAUACCCUCAUAAAUCCAGCCUCCAAUCUGUCUGACGCCAAGAUUUGUCCUGAAGAAAUCAUCCCACUUUUGCCAGCUGUAGCAGGUGAAAAAGUUGUUGAGGACCAAACCUGCUUUUUUCUUCAAAUAUUGUUGAAGUAUAUGGUAAUUCAGGCUGCAAGUUUGGAGUGGAAGAAUAAGGAGAACCAAGACACUGGAUUUAAGUUUCUCUUUACUUUAUUUAGGAAGUAUUAUCUUCCUCAUUUGUUUCCAUCAUUUACAAAGUUAACCAACCUCUAUAAACCGGUACUGGAUAUUCCUCAUUUGAGACCAAAGCCAGUAUACGUUAUGGCUACUCGAAACAAUGAGAAUAUCUACAGCACAAAGAUCCCCUACAUGGCUGCCCGGGUUGCUUUUAUUAAAUGGAUUGUAACUUUCUUUCUGGAAAAGAAGUACCAAACUAUACCUCAGAGUACUAAAAACGGAGGAGAAGUGCUGCCUAAGCUGAUCCAGACUGCUGGUGGUAAUAUGCAAGAGAAAAAUCCUGAGGCGGAGGGCAGUGGAUCAUCUGAACAAGACAAAAACCACUCUAAUAGCAGCACCUUGUCUGACCGGAGACCUAGCAAUUCCAGCCUCUGUAGCAUUGAAGAAGAAUAUCAAACAGUGUAUGAAAUGGUGCAGCGAAUACUGUUAUCUACUCGGGGAUAUGUCAAUUUUGUCAAUGAAGUAUUUCGCCAGGCAUUUUUGUUGCCUUCCUGUGACAUAUCAGCCACCCGGAAAGUGGUCAAAGUAUACCGCAAGUGGAUACUGCAGGAUAAACCCGUUUUUAUGGAGGAACCAGACAAAAGAGAAAUCACUCAAGAUGACAUUGCAAACUUGGGAUUUUCUGAGACAGAGGGGGAUGAGACCGAUUGCAAGGAGGCCGCCUCCGAGCAUUCUGGUCACAAACGAUCUUCCAGUUGGGGACGGACUUAUUCCUUUACUAGCGCAGUUAACCGAGGAUGUGUGUUAGAAGAGGAAAACAGGAACAUUAAAGCUGGUGCUCAGGCUGCAUUACAGGUGUUUUUGACGAACUCUGCCAACGUUUUUUUGUUGGAACCAUGUGCUGAAGUCCCCAUACUCUUGAAGGAGCAAGUUGAUGCUUGCAAAGCAGUUUUGAGUAUUUUUAGGCACAUGAUAAUGGAACUCACAAUGAAUAAAAAAACAUGGGAACAGAUGUUACAAAUACUACUCAGGAUAACAGAAGCGGUCAUGCAGAAACCAAAGGAUAAUCAAAUAAAAGACUUGUUUGCUCAGAGCUUGGCUGGGUUACUGUUUAGGACCCUCAUUGUGGCUUGGAUCCGAGCAAAUCUGUGUGUUUACAUUUCUCGAGAACUUUGGGAUGAAUUCCUCAGCGUACUGUCUUCCCUUACGGACUGGGAGGAACUCAUAAACGAGUGGGCCAAUAUCAUGGACUCUCUAACGGCUGUUUUGGCAAGAACAGUGUAUGGUGUAGAAAUGGCAAAUUUACCUCUUGAGAAAUUAAGUGAGCAAAAGGAAAAAAAGCAGAGGGGCAAAGGUGGUUGCAUUUCAGACUCUCAGAAGGGAACAGGUAUUGGGAGAUCAUUUUCUUUAAGUUGGAGAAGCCAUCCUGAUGUUGCGGAACCGAUGCGGUUCAGGAGUGCUACUACAUCUGGGGCACCAGGAGUUGAAAAAGCAAGAAAUAUUGUCCGUCAGAAAGCAACUGAUGUUGAAGAGUGUCAACAGCUGGAAAAUGGAGCGGGCAUAGAAUCCAGUGGCCUGAUGGUUGACCAGGAACAGCAAAUGACUCGUAGCAGCAGUACUUCAGAUAUUUCUGAGUCCUUUCAAGGCAAAAAGACUGAGAACUCCCAGAAUCUGUGUCCUUCAGACUCCAGAUCUGUUCAAGAAAACAAAGGGUACAUGAAGAAAGAAAAUGAAGGACCAACGAUUUUAGUACGAAGAAGCAGCAGCCCAGCUGAAUUGGAUUUGAAAGAUGAUUGGCAGCAGAUGCAAGGAAAAUGUAGGGAAAGACAAAAGAGUGAGAGUAUUAGUAGCGAUACCUCCAUCGGUUAUGGUAAUGAGGUAGAGAUGACACUGAAUUCCUGGCGACCGUUUGAGGAAGAUCAAGAAGUGAACAUCCCACCGGAUGUUGCCGGGGAUUCAGAUGCUCAACACUGGCUACAGUUGAGUCCUACAGAUGCUGCAAAUCUAACAGAUAGCAGCGAGUGCCUUGCCGAUGACUGCAGUAUAAUUGCUGGUGGGAACCUGAUAGGUUGGCAUCCAGAUUCUGCAGCUGUAUUAUGGAGAAGAGUCUUGGGAAUCCUUGGAGAUGUGAACAAUAUCCAGUCCCCCAAAAUACACGCCAAAGUCUUUGGCUAUCUCUAUGACCUCUGGUACAAGCUAGCAAAGAUAAGAGAUAACCUGGCAAUCAGUGUGGAUAAUCAGUCUUCCCCAUCACCUCCUGUUUUGAUCCCUCCGCUCAGAAUGUUUGCAUCCUGGUUAUUUAAGGCCACCACUUUGCCAAAUGAAUAUAAAGAAGGCAAGCUGCAAGCCUACAAGCUGAUCUGUGCUAUGAUGACCAGGCGACAAGAUGUCCUGCCAAACUCUGACUUCUUGGUGCAUUUUUAUCUCGUGAUGCACAUUGGCUUAACCAGCGAAGAUCAGGAUAUUUUAAACACUGUCAUAAGGCAUUGUCCACCCCGAUUUUUCUUCUUGGGUUUACCUGGCUUCACGAUGCUGAUAGGAGACUUCAUCACAGCUGCAGCCAGAGUCCUCAGUACAGACAUGUUGGAGGCCCCUCGUUCCGAAGCUCACACCAUUCUUGGUUCUCUUGUUUGCUUUCCAAACAUCUACCAGGAAAUUCCUGUACUGCAGUCAUUUCCCAAAACGGAUGCGGUCAUCCCAGGAUCUGAAGACAUCAAAUGUUACCUCAUAAAUAUUUUACUGAAGAAUGCAACAAGUGAGCCAAGUGAAGGUGCAAGGUGCAUCGCUGUAUGCUGCCUUGGUGUUUGGAUAUGUGAAGAACUUGUGCAGUGCACAAACCACCCUCAAGUGAAGGAUGCAAUAAAUGUUAUAGGUGUUACCUUGAAGUUUCCCAAUAAAAUUGUGGCUCAGGUAGCUUGUGAUGUCCUCCAGUUGCUGGUUUCUUAUUGGGAAAAGCUCCAGAAGUACGAAGCCUCUUUGCCAAGGAAAAUUACUGAAAUCCUGGUGGCUACCAUUGCCUUCCUUUUGCCAACUGCUGAAUACUCCUCAGUGGAAACAGACAAGAAGUUCAUUGUUUCUCUGUUGCUCUGCUUGUUGGAUUGGUGCAUGGCGUUGCCAGUGAAAACUUUGCUGCAUCCAUUGUCUACUUCUGUGCUUGAAGAUCAUCACUCAUCUAGAGCCCCUUUACUGGAUUAUAUUUACAGGGUCUUGCACUGUUGCGUUUGUGGCUCAAAGACCCAACAAAGCCACUACACGUUGACCCUGGCUGAUCUUUCAGCUUCUGAUUAUGAUCCUUUUUUGCCCCUGGCAAAUGUCAGGAACUCUGAGCCAGUAGCACAGUAUCACUCUUCAGCAGAUCUGGGCAAUCUACUCACUGUUGCUGAGGAAAAAAGAAGAAGAAGUUUGGAGUUAAUCCCUCUGACUGCCCGGAUGGUGAUGACCCAUCUAGUGAACCACUUAAGCCACUACCCCCUAAGCGGGGGUCCCGCCAUCCUGCACAGCCUGAUUAGUGAGAAUCACGACAAUGUUUACGUGGAUUCUUCUGAGCUGUCCUCCGACGUUUUUAGGAGCCCCAACUUGCAGCUGUUUGUGUUUAAUGACAACACACUCAUCUCUUACCUACAAAUCCCAGCAGAGAGACCAGAAGCAGGAGAGCCAGCGGGACCUCUCUCUGAUGUCAGGGUAAUUGUGAGGGAUAUCUCAGGGAAAUACUCGUGGGACGGCAAAGUACUGUAUGGACCGUUGGAAGACUGCUUAGCCAGAAACAGUGGAAGUCGUUCAUUUGUGAUGUCGGGCAGUCACCCUCAGUCCUGGGACCCGCCAAAGGAUUUUUCUCAAAUGGAAGGAGGGGAUGAUGCUCUUGACCAACUACUCGAAAAGAUUGGAAACACAAGUCCUGAAUGCCUUUUGCCAUCACAGUUGAACCUAAACGAGCCUUCGCCACCCCCGUUUGGAAUGAGUUGGGAGCAAGAAACGGAGAUCGUUGGAGCAAUUCUGCGACAGAACGCACAAGAGGAGGAGUUUGUCCGUGGAUGUCGCUCCAACUUUACCGUGCAGGUCGCGAGUCAAGUGCAGCCGAACCCCUCUGAACCCCAAGGACCGUUUUAUUUCUGCAGGCUGCUGCUCAAUGACUUAGGAAUGAAUUCUUGGGACAGAAGAAAAAAUUUUCAUCUUCUGAAGAAAAAUUCGAAAUUAUUGCGAGAGCUAAAAAAUUUGGACUCCCGCCAAUGCCGUGAAACUCACAAGAUUGCGGUGUUUUACAUUGCUGAAGGGCAGGAAGACAAGUGCUCAAUAUUAUCCAAUGCAAGGGGAAGCCAGGCAUAUGAAGAUUUUGUUGCUGGACUUGGUUGGGAGGUCGACCUUUCAAAGCAUUGUGGAUUUAUGGGUGGCUUGCAACGUAAUGGCAGCACUGGACAAACGGCACCAUACUAUGCUACCUCUACUGUUGAAGUAAUAUUCCACGUGUCCACUAGAAUGCCUUCGGAUUCGGAUGAUUCACUCACCAAAAAGCUUCGUCACUUGGGAAAUGAUGAGGUUCACAUUGUCUGGUCUGAACACACCAGGAACUACCGCAGGGGCAUUAUACCAACAGAUUUUGGAGAUGUUUUAAUUAUUAUUUAUCCAAUGAAGAAUCGCAUGUUCUUCAUCGAGAUAACGAAAAAACCGGAGGUUCCUUUUUUUGGACCUUUGUUUGAUGGAGCAAUUGUGACUUCCAAACUGCUGCCGAGCCUCAUCUGUGCCACAUGCAUCAAUGCUAGCAGGGCCGUGAAGUCUCUCAUACCACUCUAUCAGAGCUUUUAUGAAGAACGCGCUGUGUAUCUUGAAGCAAUAAUCCAGAAUCACAGAGAAGUAAUGACAUUUGAGGAUUUUGCUGCUCAAGUCUUUUCUCCCUCUCCCAGCUACUCCCUUAGUGGAACGGAUUGAAAUGUGUAAAGGCCUCAUUUUGGUCAUCAAAAAAGGUUUUCUCACUACCAGUGCAAGUGCUGACCUAGCUUGUAACUGUUGGAGUAGAAUGGGAAGGGCAGAUUUCCCCAUCACUGUCAUGGGCCACGAAACUCUCUGGGAAACUUCAUCGUUCAGCUAGUGCUUUCAACAAAUCUACAUUUGGAAGCCCAAAGUCAGCUCCGUAUUUCUUUCAACUCUGAAGAGGCAAGAUCAGCUGCAAUGUCAAUAGGAAGACUCUGUGGGUCUCCAAGAAAGGAUUUUCUUUCACACAGUCGUAAUUCCUUUCAAAGAAGAAAAGCUUACUGAUUAACAAAUAUCAGUUUAGUUAUCCCAUGUGCACUUGUUGUGGAAACUACAGGUGAUUCCUAAAUGGCUUUGAUAAGUAUAGCUGGUAAUUGGUUUGGUGUAACGCAAGUCAUUUUCCCUUGUUACAGAUGCACAGGCACAGUUAUCCUAGGAGGGCGAUCGAACAGCCAUCGAAACCAACGCUCCACUAAAUUUCCUCUCCUUAUGUUUGUCGACUGAAAUAAUAUUGGGAUUUGGGGAUCUAUGAUCCAUUCAAAAAUCGGUGCAGAAGUGGCUUCACAUUAACUCAAUUUAAUGCCCAUCACUUCCUGUUCGGGUGGAAGCGAUUUUCCAUCAGACACUAUCAAUCCGUUGCAACAGAGGACUCCUUGUAGUCCUGAAGUGAACUGUCAAUCAUCACAUCCAGCAGGCAGCACCUUAGUCCCAGUCUCAUUCCCCGUCUCCUGAAGAAACAGCCACAUCAUCUCUCAUACGUACAACUGCCUGAUGCCUCUUCCUCCCUCAUCGCCUUGUUUUCUGUCAUCCCAAAAGGAGAUGGGGAGGGAAUGCUGAAGAGUGCUACCCUACUCUAGCAGGGGUGGGAGACAUCUUAGUGGCAGAGGAGUGUUCUCUGCCCACACCCCUGAGUCCUGUCUCUGUCAUCAUCCCUUCCCCAGGGCAGACCAGAGUGACCAGGAAAGGGGUGCUAUGACAGAACCUCUGUGGAUGUGCUUGCUUCCAUUGCCACAUUAGCCACUGCCUCUGCCUGGCUCUUCCAGCUCCAAGUGGGGACACCCAGGGGGUGCUCAAUAACUGACAUCAGUCCUACUGCUUCUGAGUUGCUCUGGCUUCAGAGCUUGUUGGUAUGUUUUGCUAUGUUUGCGGAGCACAUUUUUAUUCCUGGCCCCAAUCUUCCCAGGAUGCUGAGCACGUCCAACUGCUAGAAUUGCAAGCACUUCUCCAUGCUAUGGUGAGAAAUUUGCUAGAAUUCAGUGGGCUAGUGGAAUUAAUGAGCUGAAGUGUCUCUACAUCAAAUUUAACCUCUUUUAAAAAGGCCAUCCUGGGAAAAUGUUGGUCUGUCUAUUUUACCUCCAGUUGCCUAAGAUUUAGAGUCACUUCAAGCUCCGGGGCUAGGACUACAGUGAACUACAGCCAAGGGAGAGAGGUGGAGCAUAGUAGAGCUGCUGAGUGUCUGGGACCAUUUUUCAGCAUUUCUGAGGCAGAGCUCUUCUGUUUAAGGUUCCAAAGAUAAAUCAAUAUUUGGUGACAUUUUGCUUUUUCCUCAUUUCCUCUUUCCCUUUACAAUCUCUGGCCUGCCACUCCUGUAUUAAAUCCGGUGUUUGUCUUCCUGAGCGACUUCUUCCGCCAAUGCUAAGACUCGGUAAGCGCACCCUGGCCCUUAACUUUGUACCUGGGACUGAAAGUGGGCAUGCGCAGAAGUCAGAGCAGGAACCCAUAACCCUGUCAGAAGGCACAACUCAAACUUUGACCCUCAACCCCUCUCGUCUUCCCCAGUGACAGCCGAGGGGACAGUUUGGGGGACUCUGAUAUGGGGCACAUGUGGGCUGGUAGGUGAAGAGGAGAGUGGACCUAGGGGAAGGCUAAAAAUAUAAACCUGCGAAAGGCACACACAGACACAUGGAAUUCUGGAGUGAGAUAAUCCAGAGGAAUUAAAAUAAAAAUUAAAUUAAUUAAUAAAUUUAAUAAUUAUUAAAUAAUUAUUAAAAUAACAUUGCAUGACUUGCAAAGUUGUGUUCCGAUGUCUAAGGGAAUGCCACUGUUUCAAGAAGGAUGUUGAAAAGCCAACCAUUAACAGGAAAUGUCUCACCUGCCAUCUAUUUUUAGGAAGUGUCACAGCAAAGUUGAGUAUAAAGGCAGUCACUUCUGACCAUCAUGGAAAGUACUGCCAAGUUUUGGCAUCUUAAUUGGACCUAUCACCUUCCCCUUUUGGUGACCCCAAAUUCCUUGGGCUAACAUGUUUUGUGUAUGUAAUUAAAAUUCCAAUAAUCAAGUAAUUGUUUGGGAUAUCCGGGGAAACACACAACAAUAAAAUGGACUUGCAGCAGAAUUUCUGGGCUUGGAGCUGCUCUGAAAUUAUGAAACAUUUGCAGAAUCUGAAACCAUCAGUUUCCAUCAAUUGAUAUAUAAGGGCAUUUGGGUGGGAAAUAAGUAAUUUUACAAGCAUGUCAACAUAGAAGGCAGAGUUAACUCUUCCUUGUUUAUAUUGCACCAUCGCACUGUGGAUCUGUCUUACUGAAGGAGGAAUAUGUACUAUGCCCCUAAUUGAUGACUUUCACCAGAGGUUGGCAAAAAAAAAAACCCAAAAAACACUAUUUACUUACUAUAGGCUAAAUGAAUCUUAGUUCAUGCCUUAUUGUCCAAGGCUAAAUAUAUUCACAUCAUCUUGCCCAGGUCAUUUUUUGAUCCAGAGGUUAAAAAAUAGUUUUCUUACUACACUUCCCAAAGUGGUUCUGAAUUAGAAAUGUUUGCUACUAAAUAAAUGUGUGUGUGUAUAUCUUUUGAAAUUGGAAAGAUCAAUUCAUUUGUUAGAAAAGCCAAUACUGCACCUUUGCAAAAAAUGUCUUUUGACUAAAUGUAUAAAGAAAUGAUAAUCACAGUUAACACAUACCUUAGACAUCCAUGCUGACAUGUCGCAUUAACAGGUCAACCAUCAGUGAACGUAAAGUGCCCCUAAUUAGGUCUCAGUGUGAUAUGACUUGAUGGUUUGAAAGCAGUUCUCACGUAUUUUUAUGAUGUUCUGGAUCUUAAAAUACACCCAGCACUGGCUCUCAAUAUGGGCUUUGCACUUUCUAAAAAGUAAUUCAGAAAGGUAAGGAAAUUGAAACACAAGCAAGUGACCUGAGACAAAAAAGAAAAUCCAGUUAAGAUGUAAUUAUUACAAGUGUCUUUCAAAAUAUGCAGUUAAUGAGUUAAUGCUGCAAUCUCUGGGGACUAGAGGGUAAUGAAUGAGACAGGGCCUUACAAGAAUCCUGCAGAUUCAGCAAUGCACAGGCUCAACUUCCCCUUCCUGAAGUCCUCAGGUUUAGCUAACCUGUUCUUCCAAGAUUUUGACUUUAUUUUUAAUGCUCUGAUCAAUACUUUAAAAUUGACUGUGAUUUCUUAUAUGGAGUUUUGUUUGUUUAUCUCAAUUGAAGGGGAAUUUCUAUAGAAACGAAAUUCACUAUGGACUCCAUUUUUUUUUUAGUUGCACUCACGAGGUCUGUAUACUUAAGUGAAUGUUUCUUUCUGUUUUCAGAUCUCUGGUGUUUAGUGAAUGUAAAUAAGGAAAAGAAUUUGAUAAAUAUUUACAGUAAAAUUAAGUUCUACUGUAUUUUUUUCUUUUGGAUUUAUUAUUUCACAAUUGUCACGGAAAUCCAGCUUUUAGGUGAAUUUAUGUUAAAGUUUUUGGACCGGGCUCCGCAAGUUUAUACCACUCAUGACACUCGUUCAGGGCCAAGCUUAGACUUCCCCCUCCCUACCUCCUCUCCCCCACCAAACUCCUUCUCUGUCUCCCGUGGUGUGUCCACUGUCCAAUUAACCAGAAAAGGCAGAGAGGGAUGCUCCAUUCUUCAACUUGGUUUCAUCUUCCUCUCAGUUUAGCAUAGCAGUGUUAUGCUGUCUGACCUAGGGACAUGCUGCUACAGUGUCUGAGAGACACUGUAGAAAGGUGCCUGUUUUAAAUGCUAGGCAAAAUUAUUUUUUUUUGUAAAUUUAGGGGUAAAUUUUGUAAAUUUAUGACUCCAAUCAUAGAGUCAUACCCUAGAAACAAAUGCAGAUAAGUUGUUACAGUUGAUGCCGGCCACUUGAUUUUUUUAUUUUAGUUGAGAUUUUUCUUUUCUUAAUUCUAAUUUAAUGUGUCAAAAAAAUUAAUUACAAAAGUAGAAUUUGGGUGCUGCAAGUUUAAUUUGUUUUCAUUCUGAUUGUUUGAUAGAAGGAUAUGGUUGUUCUUAAUGUGCAAUAAAUUACAUGUUGAAUUCA